GCUAACAACAUGGCUGCCGAGGAUCUUCCGUCUGAAUUUGACGUCGUCAUUCUGGGCACAGGUCUUGCUGAGUCGGUGGUGGCAGCAGCCUUUUCCAGAGUGGGACAGAGAGUUCUUCAUGUUGACAGGAGAAGUUAUUAUGCAGCCAACUGGGCCAGCUUCACCUUCAAUGGUUUGCUCACCUGGAUACAGCAGCACCAUGAGGAGUCUCAGCCAGAGGAGGUUCAGGACUGGUCGAGCCUGUUGGAGGAAGGGGAGGAGCUGAUCUACCUGUCAAACUCAGACUCCACCUCCAUCAGUAACCUGCAGGUGUUCUGUUUCACCAGUGAAGAAGACGAGGAGGAAGGUUUGAGUCCUGACCGUCCGAACACCACUGAAGAAGAAACGGGAGCGGGUGAUGAAGACGCUGUCAAAGAAACAUCAGACACAGAAUCUGCAGAAUCCAAAGAAGAAGAAACAAAGGAGAAACCAGAGGAAACAGCAGAUGGAAAGGAAGAAGAAGAGGCCUCCCGGACAGAGGGGGAGGAGCCGGGGGCAGGUCAGAUCACCUCCUCAACUGCUCAAAGCCAAUCAGAGCCAAGCAGGAAGAAGAUCAGCUACACUCAGCUGGUGAAGGAAGGACGCAGGUUCAACAUCGACCUGGUCUCCAAGCUCAUGUAUUCCCGUGGCUCAUUGGUCGAUCUGCUCAUCAAAUCAAACGUCAGUCGCUAUGCAGAGUUCAAGAAUGUCACCAGGAUACUCACCUAUCGCCACGGAAAGGUGGAACAGGUGCCCUGCAGCAGAGCAGAUGUGUUUGCGAGUCGUCAGCUGUCUGUGGUAGAAAAGAGGAAGUUGAUGCGUUUCCUCACUUCCUGUGUGGAGGAGACGGAGGAGCAGCAGGCCUACAACGGUCGGCCAUAUUUGGAGUUCCUCAGUGACCAGCAGCUUGGUGACAAUCUGCAGCACUUCCUGCUUCACUCAAUUGCCAUGGUGACAGAAGACACACCCACAGAGGAUGGCCUCGCUGCCACGCGCCACUUCCUGCGCUGCCUGGGUCGCUAUGGCAACACGCCCUUCCUGUUUCCUGUCUAUGGCCUUGGAGAGAUACCCCAGUGUUUCUGUAGGAUGUGUGCCGUGUUUGGAGGAAUUUACUGUCUGAGACACUCAGUCAGCUGUCUGCUGGUGGACAAGGACACGAACAGGUGUAAGGCUGUGAUUGACAGCCGAGGACAGCGAAUCAGCUGCAGCCAUUUCGUGGUGGAGGACAGCUUUGUCGGGGCGGACCGGAAGAGAGUGGCCACACCCACCAGGUUUGUCUCCAGAGCUGUUUUGAUAACUGACGGCUCCAUUCUACCUGGUAACUCAGACCAACAGGUCUCCCUGGUAACGGUUCCUCCAAUAGCAGCAGGAUGUCCGGCGGUGAAGAUGGUGGAGCUCUGUCCGUCCACCAUGACCUGCAUGCCUGGAACAUACUUGGUCCACCUCACCUGUCAGUCAAUUGGCUCCGCCUAUGAGGACCUCUCCCCGUUGGUGACCAGGAUGUUCCGCACGCCAGAGUCGCAUAACGAAGAAACCUCUCCGUCUGUCCUUUGGUGUCUGUACUUCAACAUGGCCGACGGUUCGGGGCUGGAGGUCGAAGGUCACGACCUCCCGUCUAACGUGCACGUGUGCUCUGGUCCAGAUGGCGGUUUGGGACACGAACAUGCCAUCAGACAGGCCGAGUCGAUCUUCCAGAAGAUUCUUCCAGAGGAGGAUUUCUGUCCUCCUGCUCCAAACCCUGAAGACAUCAUCUACGACGGAGACAACACCUCCUCCUCCACGGGAGGAGAGGAGGAGGAGAAAGAAGGCGUGUUGGAGGAGGAGCAGAAAGAGGAUGUGUUGGAGGAGGAGCAGAGCCUUCAGACUGAGGAGUAACAUGUACAAACAGACACCUUCCAUAGAAGCCAAACCUCCUGCAGUGAAUUGUGGGUAAAAGUUGCCUUCAUUUAUUGUUUAAAAUCUUUAUUAUUUUUCUAUGAUUUGUUAUUUUCUCUGCUUUCUGUCUUAUUUAAAUAUUGGAAACUGUUGUUCUGUUCUGUGCAAACAUUAAAGCUUCAAUAUGAACAAACUAACUGUCAUCAGCUCUCUGAUUGGCU